GAGGGGAAGCCUCGGGCCGCCCCCCGCCCCACAUCUGGGACCUGAUUCUCCCCGCCCCAGAUGCGGCGCCGCCGCCGCCCCCGGAGCCCCGGGGCAACUAUACUGGAGCUUUAGACGUUCAGAGUGUCGGACCCGGGCGUCCGGGACCUCUAUCCCGGUCUUUAAAGAGACCCUCAAGUCCAGGCUCCCGCGCCGGGCCGGGACCUCUGAUACCCAGAGCCUCUUGAAGGAGCCACGGGUCCCGGACGUCAGCUCUGAGGCUGGAGGCCCGUCCCUGCACCCGGCUUGAAGACCGUAGGAUCCGUAGCCGCGCAUCCCCCCGCACCUGGGGUUCUAACUCUUGAGUCCAAGACCUCCUCCUGGAGCCACUUGGGGACCGGACCUCACUCCUCGACUUAGGGCUGCAACAUCCAUCACUUCCAAGAGACGGAGGAGUUUGCGAGUCCUUGCGCUCCCUCCGGAGGUGACUUCAUCCCUGCCCCUAGGGUACUGGAAACUCUGGAAUCCCGGGCCCCCUACCUACCAUACACAGCCCUACCUAGAAGACUCAGGAAUUUGUGUUCCCAGCGCCCCGGUCUGAGACUCGAGUGGAGGGUUGCAGCAUCUUCCACUUAGAACAUCGAGACUUCGGACUCUGGAUCCCAACUCUCCCCGGAUUCUGGAGUCUGAGACCCCCAAGUUCACGACCCUGAGUCCGGGCUGUGAGCCUCCUCAGGGGCCGCGCGUUACGGUCCAGACGCGCCGGACUCCCGACCCCGGGGCCCGCAGCUCCCCGGGAGGUCCGAGUUGUGCCACUCAGCCAUGCCCGAGGGAGCCCGGGGACUCAGCCCGUCCAAACCCAGCCUUAGGCUCGGGUGUGGCCACCAAGGUGAAGCUUGCGACUGCGCAGCUGUGAGCGAUACUCCGACAGCAGCCCCAGCAAUCCCCCCCAUGGCUUCCCCGAGGGGUUCCGGCAGCUCCACCUCCCUGAGCACUGUGGGCUCUGAGGGGGACCCAUCACCAACCUGCUCAGCCUCCAGACCAGAGCCCUUGCCAGAGCCCCCCAUACGCCUGCACCUGUUGCCCGUGGGAAUCCAGGACUCGGUGAAACCCUCAAGGCUGGAGCGAGUGGCCAAGGAGAUCGUGGAGACAGAACGGGCAUAUGUCCGGGACCUUCGCAGCAUUGUGGAGGACUACCUGGGUCCCCUGAUGGACGGCAGGGCCCUGGGGCUGAGCAUGGAGCAGCUGGGCACGCUGUUUGCCAACAUCGAGGACAUCUAUGAGUUUAGCAGUGAGCUGCUGGAGGACUUGGAGAGCAGCAACAGCGCAGGGGGCAUCGCGGAGUGCUUUGUGCAAAGGAGCGAGGAUUUUGACAUCUACACAUUGUACUGCAUGAACUACCCGAGCUCCCUAGCCCUGCUCCGAGAGCUGUCGCUGUCUCCGCCAGCCACUCUGUGGCUGCAGGAACGUCAGGCCCAGCUCCGUCACUCCCUGCCUCUGCAGAGCUUCUUGCUGAAGCCUGUUCAGCGCAUCCUGAAGUACCAUCUGUUGCUGCAGGAACUGGGCAAACACUGGGCAGAGGGCCCGGACACCGGAGGGCGAGAGAUGGUAGAGGAAGCUAUUGUGUCCAUGACCGCAGUGGCCUGGUACAUCAAUGACAUGAAGCGCAAGCAGGAGCAUGCAGCACGCCUUCAGGAAGUUCAGCGGCGGCUAGGUGGCUGGACUGGCCCUGAGCUCAGUGCCUUUGGAGAACUGGUUCUGGAAGGCACCUUCCGUGGAGGCGGCGGGGGAGGCCCUCGGCUGCGAGGGGGUGAACGCCUGCUCUUCCUGUUCUCCCGGAUGCUGCUUGUGGCCAAACGACGGGGGCCUGAAUACACCUACAAGGGCCACAUUUUUUGCUGUAACCUGAGUGUCACUGAGACGCCUCGGGACCCCUUAGGAUUUAAGGUGUCGGAUCUGACCAUCCCCAAGCACAGACACCUGCUCCAGGCCAAGAACCAAGAAGAGAAACGGCUGUGGAUCCACUGUCUCCAGCGCCUCUUCUUUGAGAAUCACCCGGCUUCCAUUCCUGCUAAGGCAAAGCAAGUUCUUUUGGAGAACAGCCUGCACUGUUCUCCAAAAAGCAAAUCUAUCCCAGAACCCCCAAAGUCCCCCCUGGACUCUCCCCGCCCUCGGGACGCUCGAAGUUUCACCCCUGGCAGAAGAAACCCAGCUCCGUCUCCGGGACUCUCUGGCAGUCGUCGUGGCCGCAGGAAGUCUGAGCCAGCAAAGGAAUCUUAUGUCAUUCUUCCCCAGAACGAGAAGCCUCAAGUCAAGCAUGCUGGCAGUGAAGGGGAGCUCCAUCCCCCACCUGAGUUGCAGCCACCCAUGUCUGUUUCUGGUCCCCCUGAAGACCUGGAGGAUGCUGGGCCUCCCGCGUUAGAGCCAUCAGGGACCUCCAUCACUGAGGAAAUUCUGGAGUUGCUUAACCAGAGAGGCCUCAGGGACCCAGGGCCAGCCACCCACGACAUUCCCAACUUCCCCAGAGACUCCAGGGUGCCAGUUGAAAGCGAACCCCUCCCGUUCCAAGCCUUGCCCAACCGAGAGUCUUCAGAAGAGGAGGAGGAAGAAGAGCUGGAGGCAGAUGAACGGGAGCCGUCCCCACUCCACGUCUUAGAGGGGCUGGAAGGUUCCAGUCCAGCUGAAAUUCCCUGCAUGCCCAGCCUUACCAAGAUUCCCAACAACACGCCCAGCCUUCCAGAAAUUCCCGAGGUUCCUUGCCUUCCGAGCCUCCCUGAUAUCCCUGGUGUUUUUGAGAUGCCAUGCCUUUCACCCAUGUCCAGUGUCCCCGACAUUCCCAGCUUGGCCAGCACCCCCUCCUUCCCCUGUGGCUCCUGGCUCCCUGGAUCCCUGCAGGAGACUGAGAGCAGUCCGGGAAGACUGGGCGAGCCACCCUCAGAAAGCAGAGUGGGGCAGGAGGAAGAUGCAGAAGGCGUGUCAUUUCCAGCUGUGCAGAUCCAGGGUGGCACCCAGGUCCAAGGAUUCCCGGAGGAACUGGAAUAUCGCUCUUGUUCAGAAAUCCGAAGCGCCUGGCAAGCGCUGGAGCAGGGGCAGCUGGCCCGGCCUGGCUUCCCAGAACCGCUGCUGAUCCUGGAGGACUCUGAUCUUGGUGGAGGCGGCACCAGCGGGAAGGCAGGAAUGCCACAUUCCGAGCGCUCAGCGUCCAGGGUGCGAGAACUGGCUCGGCUCUACAGUGAGCGGAUUCAGCAGAUGCAGCGAGCUGAGACGAGGGCAUCCACCAAUGCACCCCGCCGCCGACCUCGAGUCCUGGCCCAACCCCAGCCAUCCCCCUGCCCACUCCAGGAGGAGGCUGAGCCAGGGCCCCUGCCUGCUUUUGGACAUGUGCUUGUAUGUGAACUGGCCUUCCCACUGAACUGUGCCCAGGAGUCUGUCCCUCUGGGCCCUGCUGCUCUGGUUCAAACUGCCACACCUUUGUCUGAGCAAGGAGCUCACCUGAAUGGCCAGAGUCUAAAUGUUUCGGAUUUGCCUGAACAAGACCAUCCUGGCAGCUGCAGUCCACCUAUCCCUUUACCGGGGCAAAGCGACUUCGAGAGCAUCCAGGUUCCACCCACAUCCCCUUUGCCCAAGCAAGAAGAGCCUCCAGAUAUCCAGGUACCAGCUGCCUCCACUUUGCCUGAUCAGGGUCAGGUUCCAGCUGCCGCUCCUUCAACGGAGCAUGGAAACUAUAUGGAAAUCCAGGUGCCGUCCACCAGUACUUGCCUUCCUGGGCAAGACUGUCACAAAGAACUCCAAAUGCAAACCACUGUGGCAUUGCCUAACCAGGGAGCUUGUGCUAGCGUCAUGAUUUUAGCCACCCCCCUCUUGCCCAAGCAAGAAGGUCACGAAGACAGCCAACACUCAGACAGUGCCCCAGGAAGCCAGCAGAGAGAGGUCAGCAUUGAUCAGGGCCCAGUUGCCAUUGGUGGCCGAGCUGUCAGCCCUUUACCAAUGUACACAAGCAGCCCUGACCAUCAGAUCCCAGUCACCAUCUCCCGGCCAUUGUCACCUGACCUCCCAGACUUUGAGGGUCCUGGCGCCUUACCUCUCCCAGCACAGGGAGGUCAUCCGGACUGCUGCAGCCUGCUGCCGUCUUUGUCCCAAGACACUGAGAUGCCAGCUGCCAUACCCAUGUCCCAGCCCCAAGUCCUUACAGGCAUCAGGGCCGAAGCUCCCUCGUUCCCCAAGCAGGAGGGAGCUCCAGGUUCUCUGGGUCCAGAGUCCAGCCUAACAGACCCACCACCUCCCGGACUGUCACCUUCUCCACUGGGCCAGCAGAACCCCACAGAUGGCCAUGUUUCAGCUGCCACACACUUCACCGAACAAGGAUGUUCUCAGGACCUUCAAGGCCUAGUAACCACCCCGGUUCAGACCACCGUGGAGUUAUCUAACCCAAGAGGCCAUUUGGUCUCUCCCGUUGCCAAGUCAGAGUCUUCAGACUCCACCCCACUGCAAAGCCCCUCACUCUCCACUCGCCAGCUCCUGGGCCCCAGUGCAGCUGCCCUCUCAAGGUACCUGGCAGCUUCAUACAUCAGCCAGAGCCUGGCUCGGCGUCAGGGAUCUGGCGGAGACAGCCUGGUAGCCUCCCAGGGUCACUGGUCCUCCUCUGCCCCCACAUCACGGGCACCUUCACCACCACCUCAACCCCAGCCCCCAGCCCCUCCAGCCAGGAGGCUCAGUUACGCCACCACAGUUAGUAUCCAGGUAGGUGGUGGUGGGCGUCUACGUCCAGCCAAAGCCCAGGUUCGGCUGAACCACCCUGCUCUCUUGGCAGCCCCCAACCCGGGAGCCUGUGGGCCUUCCCAAGGCCCAGGGGGCUCCUGAUGCCCCUUCUCAUAUGUAAGCCUGGACAUCCGAAGCUUCAAGAACUUUCACUGGGUGCCACCCACCCGGAGUCAGGACAUGGGUCUGGAAAUGGCUGCAGCUUUCCAGGCCCUGGAAUCUGUGUUCAUAGAUGUUCAUAGAUGACCCUUCUGAGGUCAUGGUUAUUUUGUUAAUUAACUUUAUGAAAUGCUGUGUGUUUUGCCAUUCUUGAAGUAGUGGGAGAUGUAAAACAUGAUUUUGG